AAAAAAAUGCCACCCUUCGCAUAAUGCCACCAGGACUCCCCAACUCCCGAUCUCCUCCGUCCCCCACUGACGACGCGUCGCCGCCGCCGCCCCUCCCCUCCGUCCCCCACUGACACCGCCGCCGCCUCGGACCGAGCUCGCCGCCGCUCCUCCCCUCCGCCCCCCCCACUGAAGCCGCCGCCGGACAAGCUCGCGCCCCUGCGACUGCGACUGUGAAGCCAAGGGACGACCUCGCCGCCGGACGACCUCGCCAACCCUCUGCCAGAGCAGGAGCGCGGAGGACAGGGCAACGGUCCUGCACUGCCAUCAUCGACGAGUUCCGUGAUUCAGUCUGAGGUUUAUGUUAAGAGCACGUUUUUUACUCACACUCCAUCUGCGAGCCUCAAAGAACGAAGGGGAUGAAGUCUUAAACUUUGAUUGAUAUACGCGGAUAUGAAAAUGUAUGUAACUCAAUGCUAGAAGUCCGUUGUGGUUGUGUUGGAGAAAAUUCUUCAUUAGGUUUUAGUUGAUAGUGUUGAGUGCCAAAAAUGGAGCUUCUCCCUGUUGAAGUCGUUGGCAACAUUCUUUCCCAUCUUGGUGUUGCGCGUGAUGUCAUGGUUGCCUCUGCGGUAUGCCGCAAGUGGCGAGAUGCAUGCAGGAGGCACCUCCGUUCGCUGUCCUUCAACUCCGAUGACUUUCCACGGGACAUGACUACACGUCAGUUGGAGAUUGUCAUCACACAGACUAUAUUUCAGACUAUGGGGCUGCAAUGCCUUUCGAUUCAUAUCGAUAACACCCAUGAGUUUUCUGCAGCACCAGUGAUUGCAUGGCUCAUGUAUACCAGGGAGACACUCCGGAGCUUGUCUUACAAUGUCAGGACAACACCCAAUGUAAACAUUCUGGAAAAGUGUGGUAGGCAGAAGCUCGAAGUGCUAGAUUUGGAUCAUAACACCAUCACAGGUGUUGAACCAAGCUAUCAGAGGUUCACUUGUCUGAAAUCCCUUUCCCUGAGGCAUGUCAGCAUUUCGGCCUUGGAUUUGAGCCUUUUAGUUGCUGCUUGCCCGAGAAUAGAAUCAUUAGCACUUGAUGUCCUUGAGGUUGUCACUUCAGACUCACAGUCUACGAUGGAGCUCACAUGCCAUACAUUGAAAAGUCUCUUUGCAAAAUCGGUAGGUGUAAAUAAGAUCAUACUUGAUGCAGAUAAUUUGGAAGUUCUGCACCUGAAUGCUUUAAAUCUUGAUCUGUUUGAGCUUAAUGGGAAAGGAACACUAAAGCAUCUUAAGAUUGAUGAUGUCAGUGUUACUCAUUUGGAUAUUGGGGACAAUACUGAUCAUCUGGAGGCAGUAGAUGUGAGCAAUUUCACAAUAGUCUGGCCAAAAUUCUAUAGCAUGAUAUCCAGAGCAUCUAAUUUGCUUAUGCUACGGUUUUGGGGUGUUGUAUUUGAUGACGAGGAUGAGAUUGUGGAUUCAGAAACUAUAGCUGUUUCAUUUCCUCUUCUUAGGCAUCUUUCAUUGAGUUAUGAAUUACGAGAUGGGUUACUUCACUACAGCCUUCAGGGAUCAUCACCACUGGAGAAUGUCUCAGUUCUGGAACUUGGUUGGACAGUAAUAAGUGAGCACUUUGGACCCUGGGUGUUUGGUAUGAUUGGAAGGUGUCCAAAUCUCAAGAAACUUGUUAUUCAUGGUGUUCUUUCUGAGGCAAAAACGCGAGAGGAGCGCCAGAUGUUGGCAAGCUUUACCUCAUUCAUAGUCUGCCUCAUGAGGAAGUAUGUGCAUGUUGAUGUACAAUUUGAGUAUGAGUGACAUCUACUAGGUUUGCUGGGCAUCUUGUCAUUAUUCAGUCAAAGCCGUGCCACCAGAUUUGCUUCUGUUUCUACAUCAUGUGGACUGCUGUUGUAAAUGUCAGCUCGGGUGCUUUGUCAGAUGUGCCUUGUUAAAGAAAGUUACGUGCUGACCUCUUCACAGAUGCCUGCAUGCCAUAUGCAUGACAGUAGAGGCUGCAGAACGGAAUGCUCUUUUCUGGAACAAAAUCCUCCCUUUUCUAUUAUUUCAACUGGAAUGGAUUGCUUAUGUUGAGAUUUAUUGUCCCAUGCCACAUGAUAUCAAAACCUUUUCAUCUAUUCGUGAGACUAAUUUUGCAUCAAAAUUCUUUCAAAUACUGUAAAGUAUUUUAUUUGGAAAAAGUGUAAAUUAGUAAAUUCAUGCUCGCAGUAAAGUGUAUGUUGAUUCCCCUGGGAAAUUCGGCAUUCACCAUUGCCACUUUUUACCUUGA